AUGCCGUCAUUCCUUUAUCAGUCGAUUCUUCUAUGUAUAUCUCUAUUUCUCACCCUCAGCCUCGCCAUAAUCGAGCCGGUCUCGAGCGACGACUUGAUGUCUUUUGUUACACGCCCCGAAAUCAAACCUCCCAAGUUCGACGUCAAGGUCUAUGAUAAAGACAAAGUCAGCCCCGGCUACUGGUUUGUCGCGCCGUAUGCGGUUAUCGACCCUGAGGCGCCGUCCAAGAAGUGGUCGCCUUGUCAGGUUGGGCCGCAUAUUUAUGACGCUGAGGGGUCUUACGAGAUCUGCAUUACAGUCCCUCGUCUGGUCCGGUGCAUGCCUCUUCGACAACCGCAACAUCUUCGACUUCAAAGUCGCCGACAACAUCGACGAAAACCUGCACCUCUCCUUCAUCGUGCAGCACGCCUACAACGACAUGCAAAAAAAGGCGCCGGGCUGAUCCUCAGCGAGACCUACGAGCACGAAACCGUCGUCCCCGUCACCAACGACCUCGACGCGUUCAACAUGCACGAGUUCAACAUCCUGCAUGGCGGGAAGACCGCUCUGGCCUGCACGUAUCGGACCGAGGUCCUCGACUUUGCCGAUCUGGGGAUGCCUGGACAGUCCGGGAGAGUCAUCGUGGGCGGAUUCGAGGAAAUCGACGUCGCGACCGGAAACAUCAUUUUCGAGUGGAAAUCGUCCGAUCACGUCUCCUUGUCGGAGAGCGACUUUGCGACGCCGGCUACACCAGAGCAGGCUGGUUCUGGUUGGGAUUAUAUUCAUGUCAACUCAGUCGACAAAAACGCCGAGGGCGACUACCUCCUCUCCGCGCGAUUCACAAACACCAUAUAUCUGAUCUCCGGAAAAGACGGACACAUCAUCUGGCGGCUUGGAGGCAAGCGAUCAGACUUUGUGUUGCAGGACUUCAGCUUCUAUCGACAGCACCAUGCGCGGUUCGUCGAGUCGAACAGCACCCAUACGAUCAUCUCGUUUCUGAACAAUGCCUCUGACGAGGGAAGCCAACGAGAGGACGUCUCUGCGGCGCUUUUCGUCGCCUUGGACACGGCUUCGCGGCCCAUGACCGCAAGCGUCAUCCGACGAUACGAGCGUCCGGACGGCGGUCUGACGCGGCUUCGAGGGGAUGUCCAGCUGUUAUCGAACGGGAAUAUCUUCGUCGGAUGGAGCCAGCAGGGCUACCACAGCGAGUUUACGCCCAACGGGACGUGCGUGAUGGAGGCGCGCUUCGUCUCAGACCGGUUCUCGACGUACCGGGCGUAUAAAUUCCACUUUGUCGGCCGGCCCGUGGAGCCUCCUGUCGUCAAGGCGGCCGUCUACGGCUCGACGAGUUCUGAUCUCACGACCAUUGUCUACGUGAGCUGGAACGGGGCGACGGAGGUGGCUUCGUGGAAUUUCUACGCAAAGGCCGACGCUACGGGGCCGUCUGUCUUCAUCGGAUCGGCAGCCAGGUCGGGCUUUGAGACCAUGUUCAUCGCCGACGGGUACAUGGACUGGAUCUCUGCAGACGCCGUGGACGCAGAGGGGAAUAUCCUCGGCACGUCAGACGUCGUGCGAACAAGCGUUCCGGAAGACUGGUUUGCGGCAGGAUUCAACCAGCUCCCGGUGCCGGACGACCCGGCUGUGGACGUUGACGGUGUCGAGUCCGACAGCAAGAGUGCGGACUGGAUGAGUGAGAAUGUUCUCGCUCCUGUCGGGGCGUUCACUCUUCUGGUCAUCUUGGCUGGUGUGCUUGUCGGGUUUGCGACGUUUGUGCUCAGGGUCUUUCGGCAGUUUCAAAAUCAGGCUUAUAGUGAGGUUCCUGGUGAGGAUGAGCUUGGGGAAUCGACAGAGAUGGCCUAA